CACCCAAGUAAUGCCUACCAAAUAAGAGCCCCACAUUUGUAAACAACAUUUAAAAUUUCCUCAACUUUGUCAUCAUCUCUUAUGAAUUUCAAACUGCCAUAAAACUUGCAAAUUUUUAAAUGGUUUGUGAAGGCGAAGUCAUAGAACAGCAGCCAGAGAAGGAUUCAGGAACCAGCACAGCUGAUGAAUGAAUCUCUUAGCAGAGGUGUAUUUAAGGGGUCUUUCGUAUAAAAUCCUCAAUUCCUCUCACCCUUUUAUGCCCAUCAAAAAGGGUGUUUUUAGCUUUAUUUGAUUGGGAUCAGUAGAUUUUGAGUAAGUUUCAGCAGUUGAAGACUCGAUGAAGCGGUUAAGUUUGGUUGCUUUUUGCCUCUUUUCUGUGUUCUUUCAUGUUGAAGCUCAAAUUGAUCCCCAAGAUUCUGAAAACAGUGCAUUUCAGCCAAGCCUUGGCUUUGUGAUAGGAAUUCUAGGAGUUAUGUUUCUGUUGACAUUUGUUCUCCUUCUCUAUGCAAAGUUCUGCCAUAGGAGAUCUGUCCGUGGGGAUAGCGUAAACCAUCCAGCACAAAUCAGAUCGAGCUCUCGGCAUUCCGGAAUCGACAAGACGGUGAUCGAGUCCCUUCCAUUCUUUAGAUUCUCCACACUGAAAGGAUCCAAAGAAGGGCUGGAAUGUGCAGUCUGCCUAUCGAAAUUCGAAGAUAUCGAAAUUCUCCGCUUGUUGCCAAAGUGCAAGCACGCGUUCCAUAUCAACUGCAUCGACCAUUGGCUCGAAAAACACGCUAGCUGUCCUCUUUGCAGGCAAAGAGUUGGCUCUGAGGACUUGAAGCUCUUCACUAGUUCAAGCAGCAUGAGGCUCCUAUUGAGCAAUCAAUCAGAGCUGAAACAAGACUCAAAUAUAGAGCUCUUUGUACAGAGAGAAGAAGAACAAGAACAAGAACAAGAACAGCAGCCCCAUGGCUCUUCAAGAUUCAGCAUUGGAAGAAGCUUCAGAAAGAUCCUAAAGAGUGAAAAGGAUGAGGAAAUGUUGAUACAGAAGGCCUGUGAUGGAGAUGAAAACAUGAAGAACCUACACAGACUUAAUCACAAGAUUAUCGUAUCCGAUUUCGUCUUCAUGAAUCGAUGGAGCAACGUCAGUUCGUCGGACCUUAUGUUCUUGAACAAAGAGAUGAUUGGUUCCAUUUCAAGCAGCAGAUUCACUUCCUUUGAAACAGACAUUGAGCAGUCAACGGCACCAAGAUCAAUGCAAAAUGAAGAAAUCUUGAAGAUCAAGGAGGAGAUGGAGAUAAAGAGAUCAUUUGACAGCAAAUUCAGCACAAUAAGCCAAAGUAACUCAGUUCCAAUUCUGGUAUUUCCUUCUACAUCAGAAUCUGCUGCAAAACCAUGUCAAACAGCAAGAAUUAACAGCCCAGAUGAGAGAAGAUCAGUUUCAGAAAUCACAGGCAUAUCAAGAUUUUGGGGUGACCUGGAUUUGAAGUUUAACACAAGAGUUGAAACUGGGGAGCCUUCUGAUCUGGGAAACAAUGGCAAGCAAGAAAGAAUGAGACAAAACUGGUACCCAAUUGCUAAGAGAACAGUCCAAUGGUUUGCCAACCGAGAAACAAGGUCUCAACCAGCUGAAAAUAGACUACAGACUGUAGAAACUGUAUAAAACCGUGCUUUCUUUUUAUUGUUCUUUCAUUAUAUUCCAUUGCAAUUUCUUUUACUUGGUCCGAAACCAUGGACUUUUAGUUUAGAUAGUCAAGACAUCGAUUUCUUUGAAAUGUUUCCAUACAAAUUUGAUCAGAUAUAUAAGGCAAACCCAAAUCAAAA